CACCAACCUUUCUCUGCACAAAUCGAUCACUAUCACACCAUGGACAUGAAAACCCCACUCUCUGUCCUCCUCCUCUCCCUCCUCCUCCUCUCCUUCUCCCCCAAACCCUCCAAUGCAGCAUCAUCCCCUGUCCUCGACACCGACGGCCACAAGCUCCAGACCGGCGUCAACUACCACAUCCUCCCGGUCCUCCGCGGCCGAGGCGGCGGCCUCACGCUGGGCGCCUCAAGGAGCGGCAACUGCCCGCUCGCGGUCGUCCAGGAACAGCAGGAGCUCUCCGAUGGCCUCCCUGCCAAGUUCUCCCCUGUGGAUGGCAGAAGCACCAUCCGCCUUUCAACUGAUCUCAACGUCUGGUUCGAUGCGGCGACGAUCUGUGUGCAGUCCACGGUGUGGAGGCUCGCCGCCUUCGAUGAGGAGGUGAAGCAGUACUUCGUCGAGAGCGGCGGGGUCCUGGGGAACCCGGGACGCGAGACCGUAAGCAACUGGUUCAAGAUCGAGAAGGUGGACGAGGAUUACAAUUUCCGGUUCUGUCCCACGGUGUGCGACACUUGCAAGGUGAUAUGUCGGGACGUCGGGAUUUAUGUGGAUGGUGCGACGCGGCGUCUGGCCUUGAGCGACGAGCCGUUCAGGGUCAAGUUCAAGAAGGCAUGAGGCGCGUGUAGCCCAGAGUGCAGGCAGAUUAUGCGAGGCAUAAUAUGGGCAACACGCAAAGGGAAGGAAUUCUUAAAUGCUAAAUAAAUCCGUACUGGAACCUAUUUUAUGUAAACGUGAUCUUUGUAAUAACAUGUCAAAUAAAUUUCUAAUAAGAAGCCUGUGAGCUGAAAAUUCCAUCCCUCAAAAGAAGAAAUUAUAAAUUAUAUUUGAGUGAA